AUGUAUAAUAAUACAAGUCCAAUAAGACAUUAGAUAAUUUAAGGUCAUCCAAAUAAGUCAGUAUCUCCAGUUUCAAAGUUUUAAAUAAUGGGAAACCUUCAACCACCUCCUGGAAUGAAAACUGUUCUUAAACCUAAAGUCUAUGAAGUAGUUGAAGUACCUCUUAAUCAUUAUACGUCUGUACCAACAUUCUAAAGUCCUCAAUAAUUGUAAUAUGAUCAAGAGUUGUAAAGAAAGAUUAGAUAAGUGGAAUAGGAAUCUUUUAUUUGUAGAUAGAAAAUUGAAUAAGAUUAAAAAAAUGAUAAAUUUUAACAGCUCAAUGAAAAAAUUAGAUAACAAUAAUUAGAAAUUGAAAGACUUAAAUCAUUUAAUGAUCCAAACCAAAGAUUACUUAAAGAAUAAUGUGAUUAUUAUUUUAAUCAAUCUUAGUAGGCAGAAUUGGAGAAAAAUGUAAGAAAUUAUUAUUCAUAUUCUUUUAUAGGAAUUGAUCGUAAGACUUAAAUAGAAUGAGUAAUAAAUGUAAAAGAUGUAACAAUAGUAAUUUCAUAAUGGUGAGAGAGAUGCUAAAUAUCAUCAGUUACUUAAUGAACAUGAAUAAUUAAAAUAGAAGUAUUAGAUUCUUGAAUCAUAAUCACAAUAAUAAAUAGAUAAAUAAAAAAGUGAUUAUGAUAGAAUCUACAAUUAACAUUUCUCAUAAAUCAAAUAGAAGUAAAUAAUGAAUAAAUUAUUCAAAUAGUUCUGAAAUAAGAAGUAAGUAGUUUGAUGAUUAGAUAAUGAAAUUAUAAGAAGAAUUAGAUAAUGCUAUUAGUGAGGCUGAAGUUUGGAGAUAAAAAUAUCAUAAAGAAGAACUUAAUUAAAUGAAUUAUACAAAAAGAAUUAAUGAAUUAGAAUUGAUUAAUUUACAUCAGAUUAAAGAAAUUGAAAGACUAUAACAAUAAAACAUAAUCAAAUAAUAAGAAAAUGACUCUCUUUAAUAAAAAAUUACUUAUUUAGAAUUCAAUUAUUAGCAAAUCUCAUCUUAAGGAUUAGAUAGUGAAAUUAAAAGACUUAAAGAAUAACUUGAAUGUAGAUAAAGAGAAAUUGAUGAUUUAAAAAGAAGAAAUACUGAAAUUGAACAAAAUGUUCUUAAAUUGAAAGAUCAUGAAAUUUAAAUGGAAAUUAUUAAAUAAAGAGUAUAAAUAUUCAUAUUAUAUGUAGAAUUAAUCAUUUGAGAAUUAAUUGUAAGAAUCUGAUAGAUUUAAACAUCAAUAUACUUCUUAACUUAUUGAAUUAGACGAAUUACGCAAUAAAUCUAUGAGAUUGGAGAAUUGUGUUAAUGAUCUUAGAAGAAAUGAAUAUAGAUAAUAAGCAGAAAUAAAUAGAUUAAAUGAUUUAGUAAGAGUCAAGGAUGAAGAGAUCAAUAAAGUAUAAAUAGACUAUAAAAAAAAUAUGGCUAAUAUGACUUAACAAAUGAAUUCUUUCAGAUCAUUAUUGUAAUCAAAAUUAUAUAUAUCUAUCAUAGUGAAAGAGACAUUGAUACAUUGAAUAUGAAUAGAAAUAGAUAGGAUAUGGAAAAUAAAGAAUUCAUUGAUUAAAAAAUUGAGUAAUUAAUUGAUGAGCUGAAUCUGGUUAAAAAAGAUAGAGAAUAAUUAUAAUUGGCUUGUUCUCAAUUAACUUAGACUAAACUUGGUUUAGAAAAUAGAAUCAUUGUUUUAUAAGGAGAAAUUGAUAGAUUAAAUUAAUUAGUUAAAACACAAAACAAUGAAAUUAAUCAUCACUUACAAACAUUAGAAUUAUAGAAUGAUUAAAUUGAAUAAUUUAGACAAUAAAAUGAACUUUUCAAAAAAGAGAUGGAUGUAAUCAAAUUUUAUUAUUUUAGCUUUUUAAAACGAAUUCUAAUUCAAACUUCUUUUUAACAGGAUCAUAAAAAAAGUUUGAUUUUGUUCCAAAUCAACAUUCAGAUUCUAACUGGAAUUGA